AAUUCCAAAAGCAAUAUUUAUUUUGAACCAUCUAACAGUUCCACUUAUAUUAGUGGUUAUUAUAGCUGCGGAGUGUUUGCUAGCUUUAAUUAUUAUUAUUAUUAUCAGUUUCCAUUUAUCCUUUCAGUCCAAAACAGAACUUAACACGGAUUCGGAUCGAAAGAGAGGAGGAUGAUAGGCGCUUGGGGCAGCGCAGCAUAAGUUUGACAGAUGAAAAUUUGCCAUGUUUCAGUCUCAGUGGAAUCCAAAUUUUCGAGGGCAGUGGGGAAAUAGAAGUCCAACGCCGUGACAAAAGGAGCGCCAAGUGUAUGCUGAAAUGCCCUCUGAAAUGAAAAAAUGGAGGGCAGUCGUUUAAGGAGGAGGGGAAAAGCUCAGUUGGCAACCACGACCAACAAUAUUAAUGCUAUGCACACACACCAUGCAGCAGUGGUUUCCCAACAAAUACAAUGGUGAAAAGUAGGUUUCUCAACCAUCACAACUUAUCAGUAAGCGCAGUGCCAUUAGUAGUAGGACAAACAACCAAGCAAGCUGCUACUGCUCCUCCUCACCCUGUUUAUUAUCUCCAAUCAAGGGGACGAUGCAUCAGCAACGCAUUGGUUUCUCCUCCUCCACCUCCGGCUGGUGGAAUCGGCUCCUUCAGUAUCAUUCUGCAAUUGGUUCCCAUCAGCAGGUGUUGCAAUUAUAUGCAGAGAUGAUGAGGUCGAGGACAUCCCCAUCCCUAGCCCCAAAUGCCUCCACCUUCCCUUCCAUUUUCAGAGCAUGUGCCUAUCUGCCUUCGUCCUCUCUUCCACUUCGACUUCAACUCGGCCGAGCCAUCCAUGCCCAUGUGUUCAGGUUCACAGCCCAAUCAGAUAUGUACGUUGGCUCUUCCCUUAUUCACUUUUAUGCGAGCUGCUGCAAAAUGAAGGGUGCACAUCGAGUGUUUGACACUAUGCCUCACAGAAAUAUUGUGUUGUGGACAGCGCUCAUACAAGGCCACGCCCAGAGUGGUGAAGGGAGGAGGAGCAACAAUAAUGCUAUAGACAUGUUUAAUAGGAUGAUGCGCUCUGAAGAUGGAAUCAGGCCAAACACUGUUUCCAUGUUGAGCGUGCUACCCACGUGUGGGCGCUUAAUGGAGUGUGAGUCUCUUCAUGCUUUCGCUAUUCGAUCUGGACUGGACUCUGAUUCAAUGGUGGGGGCAUCCCUCACAAACACCUAUCUGAAAUAUAGCAGCAUUGUCCAGGCUCUCCGCUUCUUUCACAGCCUGCCAGAUAAGAAUCAAGCUUCAUGGUUGGUUAUGAUCUGUGGGUUGGCUCAGUGCGGUCUCUUGAGUGAUGCAUUUUCUCUGGUGACCACCAUGUUGGGGAGCACUAACUGGGAUCUGGAUUCCACUGCAAUAGUUACACUACUUUCCGCAUCCAAGGACAAAGGGGCUCUAGAGCAUGGCAGAUGGGUCCACAAAUACGUUAUAAAAGCUGGGUUUGCUCAGGAUGUUUUUGUUGGAACCUCUCUGGUGGAUAUGUAUGCAAAAUUCGGGUUUUUGGGUUUUGCUCGUCAUGUAUUUGAUCAUAUAAGGGAGAAAAGCCUGGUGCUAUGGAAUGCAAUUCUGUACUCAUAUGCUCGUGAAGGGCUGACUUAUGAAGUUCUAAAACUUUUUAAGGACAUGAGAUUUCGGGAAGGUUUAGCACCCGAUUCAAUAACUGUCAGGAGUUUGCUGUUGGGAUCCUCUUGCAGACGGGGAGCAGCAAUCUGGCUUGGCGAGUCCAUUCAUGGUUUCAUUUUUAAGGGUGGGUUCCACUCAGAAGUUGCAACCGUCAACUGUCUUCUGGAUUUUUAUGCCAAAGCAGAGAGGUUGCGAGCCAUGGAAGCAUUGUUUGCAGCUAUGGAUGAGAGAGAGAGGGAUGCUGUUUCUUGGAACUGUGUAAUUCAUGGGUAUGCUCAGAGUGGGCGUGGAGAGAAGGUGUUGAAGCUCUUCUCUACCAUGUGUUCUACAGCCAUAGAUCCUGACCACUUCACAUUGUCGAGUGUAUUACACGCAUGUGCUGCCAUGGGAGAUUUGUUGCAUGGACAGUGCGUGCACACCCACAUGAUAGCACGAGGAUAUAUUUACAAUGCCAUUACGAGAACGUCCCUGCUGAACAUGUACGCAAAGUGUGGUGCUAUAUCUUCUGCAUAUCAGUUGUUUUAUGAGAUGCAUGUUCGCGACACCAUCUCUUUGAAUGCCAUCAUCUCUGGCUUCUAUCAAAAUGGAUUUGCAACGGAAGCUCUCUCUCUCUUCCACAACCACCUAACAAAUUCCUCACUGAUUGUUGAUGCCAUGCCCGACUAUGUAACAUUGGCACUGGCCAUCUCGGCAUGCGCACAGUUGGGUAGCCUGCGAGUGGGCAUGUGCCUGCAUUCUUACAUUUUGAGGAACGGGUUUGAGGGCAAUAUAACACUAGGCAAUGCCAUCAUUAGCAUGUAUGCCAAGUGUGGAGCAAUCGAGCAUGCUGAGCGUGUCUUCAAGAGGAGCAUGGCAACAUUUGAGAGGGACUUGACGUCCUGGACCGCGAUGAUCGCAGGAUAUGGAAUGCACGGGCGAGUGCAAGAAGCUCUAUCAUUGUUUAGAGAGAUGCAAGCAGAGGUGAGGCCAAAUGCAGUCACCUACCUUGAGCUGAUAUGUGCAUGCAGCCAUGGAGGGUUGGUCGAUGAGGGGUUAGCUUGCUUCAGGAGCAUGAGGCGAGAGCACGGGCUGCUACCAGGUGCUGAGCAUUACGCCUGUUUGGUAGACAUGCUGGGCCGUGCAGGGCGCAUGUGGGAAGCGUAUGAAUUGAUACGAGAUGAUUUGUCAUCAUCAUCAUCAAGGGGAAAGGUGGAUGGGGCAGUGUGGGGGGCCCUGAUGGGGGCAUGUAGAAUUUAUGGGGAGGUGGCGCUUGGUGAAGCGGCAGCAGCCGAGGCCAUGAGGUUGGAACCAGGCAAUGGUGGAUACGGGGUGCUUUUGUCCAACAUAUACUCAGGGGUGGGAAGGUGGGAGGAGGCAGCAGAAAUCAGAGGGAGGGUUGGGUUCAUGGAGAGGAGACCGGGGUGGAGUUGCAUUCAGGGGUGAACUUCAAAGGCAAGGUGAUGAAAUUUGGCAAGACAGUGUUAAUAGACAAGGACUUGGGUUGGAUCUCGCCAGGGUCCGAGACGAGUGAACGCAAUCCAACUCCGGUGAGUCCCAAGCUAUGGUUAAGGGGUCGACUCAGGGCUCGUCUGGAGGUUUUGCCUCUGGACUCUCCAGGCCCCAGAGCUGUGUUGACCCUUCCUAGCUGUGUCUGUAAUUUUUAAAACACUGGAGUGUAGAUUAUGAUUGAUACGAGGGCAAUCGAAGACUGUUGCCAAUGUGUGUGUGUUUAAUCCCUCUAGGUGGGUCCUGCAUCGGCCUCGCAACAUUUGAAUUGUGGACCCUGCAAGGGACGUGGGCCUGGGGCUAGGGGGGUGGCUUCUUGAGGAGGGUCCAGAGGUGGGAGGCGUGGGGGGGAGUUGGGGGAGACAUGGGGGGUGAAGUUUGUGCCACAGAGGAGUCAGGCAGCCUCAUCAUAGGCUCAGGCAGCUUCCUCUGAUAGCUCUUUUGUUGUCCAUUCUGUGCUUCAGCUUGGUCUAAGACUGAAAAGCUAAUAUGCGGGUGAUGAGGUAGAAUCUUCAAACAAUAUUGAAGCAUUUGCUAAAGCAUUAUUUGGAUCGAAAGCAAACAAAUUGCUUAACACGUUGCUUGUCAUCAAGGUUUCGAGCAUUCUCGAGCUGCUGCUAUUUAGAUAGUCUUGCCUGCUCAAAUUCUCAAGUGCAUUGAGUAUUUGGAUGGAAAUAACCUUGGAAGGCCUUUGGCAUUUAUAGCUAAGUUGAUAGGUUAUGAGCCCUAUCAGAUCAGCUUGUGAAAUGGGGUUUGUUGGAACCAGGCAGGGUGAGAAUGCUGCUCGAAGAAGGUUCCAGCCCAAUGGAAGUGAUUAUUGAUGUUCUGAUGACAGUUUCUGAGCUUGGUUGGUUGUCGAAAGAUUCUGUGAAGCAAUUGACAAGGCACUCUACUGCAACUCAAGGGUUUUCUCAAUCAUGAAGAUGCAAACAUUAGGGCACAUGCUUGUAGUGCCAUUGACAACAUGUGCCGCCACAGCCCUUAUUUUUAUGCCUCGCUUUUUAAACAUGAUAUCGUUGUCCUCCUCAUAGAAAGAUGUGCAGAACCAGAUGAAAGAACCCGAAAGUUUGAAUGUGUUGCGCUUGGUAAGGCCGCAUACCAAAAUGAGUAAUAUAUCAAGAGCUAAGGAGAUUCGUUCCUCAGCUAACUAAUCUACACAGGCAUCAGAAGGAGACAAGACUAAAAGCCUAUGCUGCAGGUGCUAUUACCAAUUUGGUCCAUUACUAAAGCAAGCUGUGAAGAGAUUCUCUCAAAAGGAGCCUUGCAGGUACGUAGUACUCAACGGUGUCUCAACGCUAUUUUACGUAAUGUUCUUUUUCUUUGAAUUUUUUUUAUACUUAUGUGUUGAUUUGAAUGGAGGGCUCUGGUUAAAUGUACACUUCAGGAAGUUGGCGACCCAUUUUUCCACUAAUGGUAAUUCUCAGUUUCACGUAUCAAAGAUAACAGUUCAUUUUUUCAGUCGGAAAUAUCUAUCGAACUCUAACUUGAUCAUGUUAAUUGGCUUAAUUUCACAAUCAAUAUCCUUCAUAUUAUAGUGGCAAAUUUAUUCUUUUUUUUUUUUUUUGUGAAAAAUCAAAUUAGGCUUGUGUAGAAAUUUGUUUUUUACAAGAGCUGUUUAGAUUAUAAAAGAUAUUAAUUGCAUGUAACAUAAACAUGUUAGUAGGAUGUUAAUGAGCUGUUUCCAAAGGUUUUCCUCUUGCUCAAGCUUUACUUAUUUAAUGGAAUGUUAAUGAGCUGUUUUCAAAGGUUUUCCACUUCUUCACACUUUACUUAUUUACUGUAAUUUGUCUUUUGUAAUUCUUUUUGACAUAUGGUCUCGGGACUACUUGAGAAACUAUGAAGUAGAAAACGUUAUGAGGAAUUCCAAAACAUUAAGGUUUUCAUCAAGGUUUAAAAAAAACGGACCAAUGAGGAUAGGCCACUCAAAAACCAUGUCGGAUCGGCCACUCAAAAACCAUGUCGGAUCGGUGGAUCAGCAAUCCGGAUUGGUGAAUCAUCAAGUCUCAACCUCAAAAAAUUUUUGAAAAGUACUAUAAUUUUUCAAAAAUCUAGUUUUUUAGGUUUCUACAAGAAAUCGUGACAAUCGCAUUAUUGUUUAAAUAUUAUUGUGUAAAAAUUAUGUAAAUAUUGAGAACCUAUCUCAUGUUGAGUGUUUGUUGUCUAUUAAAUUUAUUUUAUUUUGAGGAAGUUAAGGGGAAAGUUUAAAAAAGGUAAACGUUUGUUUGAUGGAAGAUAAAUGUUCCUUCGAAAAAAGUUCUUUCUUGGGAGCUGGAAUGUUAUCUUUAGUAAAGUUUAAAAAAGUUUUGGGUACCUAUUUUUGAUAAUUUGCUGGAAUGUUAAAGAAGUUUAACAAAAAAA